AUGCAGUUCUUCUACGCCCUUCUCCCUCUUCUGCCCCUUGCAGCCGCGAACGGCCGAGUCCGCUUCAACGCAUUCGACCACAUCAACUGCCAGGGUUUCGAAGAAAACUACGACCUCAACCCUGCAACAGUAAAGGGCAACUUUCCAGGCCCCCGCGGAGCUAUCCAAAUAUUGCAAACUUCCCCGGGAUGCCACAUCACGCUGUACACUGGCUACAACCAGUCGCCAAACGAUGGUAGUCGUCUUGCUAUUCCUACCGACAAUGCUAAUUGCUACUUUAAUGGCAAUGGGUUUGAGCAGUAUCAUAGCUUUGGAUAUUACUGCCCGUAG